AUGAAUGUCCCAGAAAUUCCUGCCUUGCUUGCCAAAAACUAUCAAGGAGUAAAUACAAUUUCUCCUCAACUCUCACAAGUUCAGAAUUUGGAAAGAAUCCUAGACUGGAGCAGCUAUAGCAAGGGCCGGGGCACGCAGAUCCACAUCCAGCAGAUUGGGCCGGGCAUGGUGCAGCAGAUCCAGACGGUCUGCAUCGAGUGCAAGGGCCAGGGCGAGUGCAUCAACCCCAAGGACCGCUGCGAGAGCGGCAGCGGCACCAGGGUGACCCGCAAGAAGAAGAUCAUCGAGGUCCACGUGGAGAAAGGUAUGAAGGAUGGGCAAAAGAUUCUGUUUCACGGCGAAGGCAACCAGGAGCCUGAGCUGGAGCCUGGCGAUGUCAUAAUUGUGCUUGAUCAGAAGGAUCAUAGUGUCUUUCAGAGGCGAGGCCACGACCUGAUCAUGAAAAUGAAAAUCCAGCUCUCUGAAGCUCUGUGUGGCUUCAAGAAGACGAUAAAGACGCUGGAUGAUCGGACCCUGGUCAUUACGUCCAAGUCAGGUGAGGUGGUAAAGCAUGGGGACCUGAAGUGCGUGUGCAACGAGGGCAUGCCGGUCUACAAGGAGCCCCUGGAGAAGGGCAUGCUGAUCAUCCAGUUCCUCGUGGUCUUUCCCAAGAAGCACUGGCUUUCUCCAGAGAAGCUGCCCCAGCUGGAGGCCUUGCUCCUGCCCCGGCAGAAGGUCCGGAUCACGGACGACAUGGAGCAGGUGGAGCCGAAGGAGUUCAACCCCGGCAAGCAGAGCUGGCGCCAGCACCGGGAGGCCUACGACGAGGAGCAUGAUGGGCCCCAGGCUGGAGUGCAGUGCCAGACGGCCUGA